CACGUCAAACUGUUUAAACAGAGACGUAAUGCUGUAAUGCAUAACGUGGAUCGAAAAAAACAUACUUAUAUAUUCAAAAAUAUGUAACCUUUAUUUUUGAUGAGCUCAUAUAUAAAUAUAAAUAAUGGUUUAUCUUUUUGACAACAGUUUUAGUGAAAUCGACAGAAAUUAUCACAUUUAUAUAAAUAUUUAAAAUAAUAACAAUGGCUAGAAAUAUUUUGUCAACUAGUUUGACAAAUGCAUUUUUUAAUAUUAAUCUACAAAUUUUAUGCCGUGGUAUAACAUUUUUUCUAAAUGUGUUUAUUAUUCGACAUGUUGGUGAAAAAGUACUUGGUGUUAUGAAUGUCAGGCUCCUUCUACUGGAGUCUGUCAUAUUUAUGAUAUGUCGAGAACCUUUUUUAAAAGCUUGUCUAACCGAUGCAUCAGCUCAUAAUUGGGCUCAAGUUGUCAACAUGUUCUGGAUACUAGUACUAAUUUGGUCGGCGAUAUCAAUUUUUUUUGGAUUUAUAUGGCUGUAUGUACUAUCAACAGUUGAAGACUUACCAUUAUAUUACGAUUUUGCAGUUUAUGCUGUAGUUAUUUCCUGUAUUAUUUAUUUCUUUUCCUUAAUAAUACAAUUAGUAUUGAGUACAUUUCUUUUUGUACGGUGUAAGAUUGCAAUAGAAACUGUUACAAUCGUGCUUCGUACAGUAAUAUUUGUUCUAAUAGUUUUAUAUCAACCUGACAGUGCAUUGCUGGCUUUUGGUGUUGCCCAAAUAGUUGCGACAUUAUUUUACACAAUAACUCCUUACAUUUAUAUUAAUUGGUACAUUAAAAAUAAUCUAAAGCGGACUAAUAAUAAUGAUGAUCAUCAAUCAACGUCAAGUCGGGAUAAGCAAGAAAAUAGAAACAAUUCUAAAAAUGUUAAUGAGGAUUUUCCUUUUAAAUCUGUAGCUGAAUUUUUCCCAUCACAACUAGAAAAUAAGGAAUCGAAAUUCGAUAAAAAUCUCGUGAAACUCACUUGGAGUUUCUUCAAGCAAAGUUUUACAAUGCUAUGUCUAGCUGAAGGUGAAAAAAUCAUUAUGACGAUAUGGCCAUUAUUGUCAUUUGCAGAACAGGGUACCUAUGAUAUUGUAAGCAAUCUUGGAUCUCUGCCUGCAAGAUUUAUAUUUCGACCUGUUGAAGAAAGUGCAUACUUCUAUUUUACACAAACAAUAAAAAGAAAUGAGCCAUUGACACAACAAGACCCUGUAAAAGUUCGAGAAAGUGUUGAUGUAUUGAAGCAUUUGACGUCCUGUUUGACAUCGUUUGGUUUAGUAGUUUUAGUAUUCGGUCAAUAUUAUUCAUCAACUCUACUUUGGUUAUACGGUGGAGACAAACUGACUAAUGAUCUUCCUAUUCUUCUGAUGAGAGUCCACAGUAUUUCCAUAUUAUUAUUGGCAAUAAAUGGAAUAACAGAAUGUUAUACAAAUGCGACAGCGGACAAUGAUAUAAUUAAUAGAUAUUAUAUUUAUUUUUUCCAAUCAAUCGCAUUUUUUGUCACGUCAUAUACAUUUACUAGAUGGCUGGGUCCAGUUGGUUUGAUAUUUGGAAACUGUGUAAAUAUGAUAAUUAGAAUUUAUUAUUCAAUUAUAUUUAUUACCCAAAGACACAUGCUAUUGAAGAACUAUAAACCACUACGUGGAUUAAUACCCACAAAAUUCUUCUUUUUAUCUCUCAGCAUUUCAAUUUUCAUCACUGGUUUAUCUCAUUCUUAUUACUUCCCUAACUACAAAUUUUUACAUGUUUUUAUUGGAGGUAUAAUGUUCUGUAUAGUAUUAUUAUCAUGGGGAUACGAGAACCGAGAUUUACUUCAAUUAGCUAUCAACAAGUGGAAGCACAAAAAUACUGAAGAGCAAGCGAAAAAAAUUAAUUAAAUAUACUAUCCAAAAACUACACAGAAAGAAAAAUUUCUUGACUGGAGAAAAAAAUUCUU